CGUGAUUUAGAGUUUAGUAAAUUAUUUUGAAUACUAGAUAUUGAAUACCAAUAACUUAAGUUUUGUUGGAAAUAAAUAAUAAUUGUGGAUUGUAUUCUGGUGUUAUUACAAUAUGAAAACAAAAAAGAAUGAAAAAAAACUAAAUCCAUUUGAAGUACAUAUAAAUAACAAGAAAUUUACUAUAUUAGGCCGUAAAUCAAAAAAUGAAGUGGGCAAACCAGGUAUUGCUCGGUCAAAGUCAAUUCAAAAGGUAUUUAUGAAUAUAUUUCUGUGUGUUUAUGUAUUUGAACCAACUAUUGCGUUUUAUUUGUAGAGGAAGAAAUCGUUAUUGAUCGAGUACAAACUUAAAGAUAAAUCAAAUAAAUUUGUUGAUCGUCGAAUAGGUGAAAAAAACCGAGCAAUGACAGCUGAAGAUCGUAUUAUUGCCCGAUUUACUGCAAGUAGAGUUAGAGAUCAAAAAGUAUGUAUCAAUAUGUUUAUAAUAUAAUAUUAUAAUUAUCAUUAAUGUAUACAUUAAUUUUUAAAAGAAAAUGAAAUAUAAUUUGGGCGAAGAAGAAGAUCUUACUCAUCAGGGCCAAACACUGUCUACUAUUGAAAAAUUUGAAAAACCUAUAAGUGAUGAUGAUGAUGAUUCAGAUGACGAACACACUAGUGGAAAGUUGGCAGGUUCUGAUUAAAUUUGUAUUCAUUGUACUUGACCUUUUGGUUUUCUACCAUGAUAAUAUAUUUAUUGAAUAUCAUUCUUUGAAUAAUGAGCAUAAAUUAUUUUUAGCCGAAUUUGUUGAAAAGGCUCAUUUUGGCGGAGGUGUUUUAAGCAGAGCUGGUGAUGGUGAAAGUAGUCAUCGUGAUUUGAUUGACAAAUUGAUAGCUGAAUCAAAAUUACGAAAGUAUGAAAAAAAACAACUUAAACAAGAGACAAAUGAUCUGACUGAGCAGUUAGAUAAAGAUUGGAAAGAACUCAUGCCUGUUGUGCCAACUAAAAAUCGUGGUGACAUAGAUGAUGAAGAUGAACCUCCUAUGAAAAAGAAAGUUGAUAAAAAUUCAUAUGAUGUUCUUAUGAGAUCAUUAAAGUUUGAUCGCAGAGGAAUGGUAUGUUUAUUUUUAAUGAAAUUGUAUUUUCUAUUUUAUUGGAUUUAAAUUAUUUUUUUGUUUUCUAGGCCAGUGAUAAAUUGAAAUCUGAAGAAGAAAUUGCUAGAGAGGAAAAGAAACGUUUAGAGAAAUUAGAAUCAGAAAGAUUAAAAAGAAUGAAAGGUAUAAAAGAUGAUGAAAUUAUUAAACACCGGAGUGCUGAUGAUUUGGAUGAUGGGUAUGUAAUUUAUGCUAAAUAUUUCUUUUGUUUUAUUAUAAUUUAUACGUGUAUAUAUACAUACAUUUUUAAUAAUAAUGGUUUAUUAUUGUAUUGAAAUAUCUUUUAUAUUUAUACUAAUAAUGUUUAGCUUUGAUUUUGGUGAUGAUGAAAUACAGCCUUUAGCUUAUGAUUCUGAAGGAAAACCAUUGAAUUGUGGUGAUUUAGUUCCUGUAAAUGAAGAUAAUGAUGGUAAUUUAUAAAAUAUAAAUUUUUAAAUUAUUAAUUUUGAUUUGAUGUUGGACACUUUUGGAUGCGAUAUAAUUGUGCGCGGUCCUUAUCGGUGGUAUCUUUUUAGAUGUACGAUUGUGUGUGCUAUAAUAUUUUUACUUCUAUGCAAAUGUUUCCAAAUAUAUAGGUGCACGGUAAAUCAGAUUUUAUUUAUCUGACUUAUUAUUUCCGAUACCAGAUAAAAAAUACAAAAUUUCUAGCACUUAUCUGGAAUUAUUAUUUUUACUGUAAAUUCUCAAAUAGGUACAAAUAUACUAUAAUAUAGUUUAUAUCUCUUCUAUAAGGCCUCUUAUAUAUAUUUUUUAGUAGUGAACAAGCACACAUUUUUUGAUGCAUCAGACAGCUGGCUGAUGGAUAUGUCAAAUGGAGGUGCUGUAAAAAAUAGUGUAUGUCUAUCAAUGACAACUGAUAAUUCCAUUUUAAAAAAUAGUGAGCAUAAUCUCCCUGUAGAUUUAAUUCAAAGAAAGACAUCUAGGAUAAUGGGGACCAGUGCUGCUAUUGUUAUAGAUAAUUUAAUGUAUGUCUGUAAGCAACGAUAAACCAAAAAAACACAAUAUAAUACAAUACAUAAAAUAUAAUAAAUAUAUAAUAAUAAAAUACAAAAAAACGAUUCUGAACGGAGUUCAGUUGAUAAUGAUGUUUUGUCAACAAUAUAUAUGUCAUUUUAUAGUAAAAUAAUUAAAUAGGCUUUAUUAAUUUUCUUUUAAAAUAUUUGUUUAAUGUUGUACUGAUUUCCCUAUGUUUUUCCUGGUUUUCCAAUGUUUUAUCCGAGUUUUUCCCAUUUGCUGGAAAAAUUCCUGAAAAAAUCGAAAAAUGACCUCUCUAAUGUUUCUUCCUAGUGAAAUUACCUUUUAGAAACAUUGCUAUCAUUAAAAGUUUGAACAAAAUUGCUGGUAGAAAAGUUGUUAAUUAAUUAGAAUUGAACUUAUAAAUAACAUUACAGCACAAAGAUAUAAAAUCAGUUGGAAAGGUUAUUUAUAUUGAACAAAAAAACUUCCCUCCCUACCCUGCAUCUGAAGAAGAAAAUGCCAUACGGAAAUUAGGGGAGUUACAAAGUGGAGGUCUUUUAAUUAUUGUAUUUUAUGACGUAUACUGAAUUUAUAAUAAACAUAUUACAAAACUAUGGUAUUUGGCAACAUCGCUUCAAAUAUUGCGUGUAAUCAUAUGCUUUUCAAGGGUCAAAAUCAUAUUCUUUGUCAUUUCGUUACCAUGCGCAGUCCUAUACUUAAAAAGGUAAACGCACACAAUUUUCACCGGCAAAAUUUUUGUUAUCUAUUGUUAGAUAUUUAAAAAUGUUGAUUAAUAAUAUUUUUAUUAGACAAAAUCCAUGUAGAAAUAUAGAAAUUAUAUAUAUUUGAGAUUUAAAGACACUUUUAUUUAGUUUUAUAAAAAAAAAAUUUUUUUGUUUAAAAAAUUGGCUAAAGCGUGUAUAAGUUUUAUUUUCACAACUACUAAGUUUCGGCUUACAUCAUCAUCAGGUUGAUGAUAAACAAUGUAAUUAAAUGGCUUACAUAAUAUAAUUUAAAAAAGGAACAAUAUACAUUUUAAAACAAAAAUAAACAGCCGUUAUAAUAUCAAAUAAGUGUGUAUGUAUGUUUUAUAACAAAUCGAUAGCAAAGAAAUUUGAUUAAAUAAUGAUGAUGGAGUAAGUCAGAACUUAGUAGUUAUGUAAAUAAAAUAUACAUACGCUUUAUGUCAAUUUUUGAACAAACUUUUUUUUUUUUUUUUUUUUUUUAUAUAAUUUAUAAUUGAUGGUGAUUACUAAUAUUUGAAAUAUUUUCUGAAGUACAUUUUUUUUUAACAAAAUUUUAAUUACAUUUAAUUUAUCAGAAAUGUUCAAAUUAUAAACUUGUAUUCUAGUGACAUUUUAUGUUUUUUUUUUUUUUUUUAAACCUGUACUUAUUUUUUAGCAAAUUACAAAGAAAAUGAAAUGAAUUCCGAAGAUGAUGUUGACGAGGAAAAUGAAAAUAGUGAUGAAAUGAGUUCAGAUGAAGAAUUAGUAGAUGAUAUUGAGAACAAUUUAGAUAAUGAUAUGAGUGAUCUAAAAGAAGAAAAUGAGAUUUCCGACGAUGAAGAAACUAAAAAAGUUCUCAUUGAAAAAGAAAAAAAGAAAACAACAAAAUUAUUUACCCAGAAGUUAAAAGAAAAAAAAUUAAUUAUGGAUGAAGCAAGAAAACAGUUGCCUUUUACUUUCACAGGUAAAUAUAUUUAUAGUGGAAUUUUGAUAUCACCUUAUUCUAUGGAUACAUGUGGAUAGUAAACAUAUUAUUAUUAUUAUAUUUACUAUUGGCAUUAUUGUUUGUAUAUGUUUUUUAUAGUAUUUACAUUUUUCAUUAAAGAGAUACUUCUACACUAUUGUAUGUGUAUAAAAUUAUCUAUUUUAAAAAGGUUUUGAGUGGGUUUCAAUCUGAACAUUCUAUUUUUCCAUCUGAAAUAAUUUAAACUAUGAUGUACAAACUUAUUAAAUUAAUAACAUUUUUUAAAAAUGUUAUUUAUAUGAAAUUACCAAUUUCUUAAAAGACUUAAUUUUAUAAUUUAUAAUAUAAAUUGAUAAUUAAUUAUUAUUUGAUUUUGAUUAAUCUAAUAUUUAUUUGUAUUAAACAAUAAUCGAUUAUGUGUUCUUUCAAUUUUAUUCAGUAUCAAAUAUUUAUCAGAGAAUUGGUUUAGAACGUUUAGAUUUUGAAGUAUUUUUAAAUUUGUAGUGCCUGAAUCUUAUGAAGAAUUUGAAGAAACAUUAGAAAAUAAAACUAUUGCAGAGCAAAUAGUUAUUAUUGGACGAAUGAUCAAAGUUAAUCAUCCAAGUUUAGGCAAUGAUAACAGAUCAAAUUUACAACGCUUCUAUCCUUAUCUUUUACAAUAUUUAAAUGAUAAUUCACAUUCUAUAGUGAGUUUUAAAUUUGUAUAUCAAAUAAUUUUUGUAAUCCAUGUAAUUUAUUAAUAUUAAUAUUUGUCAUUUUAGGAUGGCUGGAAGAUACUUAAUUCAUUAUCUCCAUAUUUGUAUGAUCUAACACAGUUCUUCCCCGAAUAUGCAGCCAAAUGUUUAAUUGAAGUCUUAAAAGAAAAACAUACUGACUUUGUUCAGUCAACACCAAAACAAAUAACUUCAGACAUGGUAAUGUAGAAAAAAUUGAAAUAUUGUAAAACCCAAUAUACAGUAAGAAAUAAAUGUCUUUUUUUAUAGUUGAUUUUUUUAAAAUUGGUUCCACUAUUAUAUCCACCAUCUGACUAUUAUCACCCAGUUUGUACUUGUGCUGUUAUGAUAGCUUGUGAGAUAUUAUCAUUAACUAGGAUUAAAAACCGUUCAGAUAUAGCAUUAUGUUUAUUGUUGACAACAAUUUUAUUAGAAGUAAGUGUUUAAUUUGAAAAUUUUAAUAAAACUUGUAUGUAGUUAUUAUUUUAUAGUUUAUUAACUUUCUAUUUUGGCAUUAUAUUAUUCAUUAGUAUAUUCAGUUGUCUAAAAGAUACAUACCAGAAACAGUAAAUAUAUUACGAGGCUUUUUAUUGAUGGCAACUGAGAACAGCUCUGUGAGUUAUGUACAACAAUUUAGACCUAAUAUGAAAAUGUUGAUUAUUCAAAAUAAUGAAAUUCCCACUGAAUGGCCAACCAAAUUAAGCAUACAUGAAAUAUUUAAUGAAAGAGACAUAGACAAUACUUUUAAACUGACUUCAUUGUAUAUCACAUUAGAUUUAGUGUGUAGAUUUUGCAAAUUAUGUGAAGGUAUACCAAGUGUUCAAGAAAUUUGGAAUCCACAUUUGUCAAUCAUAAAUUCACUCCGGGUAAUUUUUUAUUGUCAUUAAUUUUAAUAUUUGUUAAGAAAACAUUUAUUUAUUUUUUGUGCUCUUUAUUAUUUUUAUAUGUCUGUAUUAAAUAUAUUAAUUUAUUUUAUACUAUUUAGAUCGAAUCUGACAAAAUGAAUGAGCAAAUUGAUAAAACAAAAAUACAAUUACAGAUUAUUGACAAAAAACUAGAGAAACUUCAGACUUUAUCAAACAAACCAAAAGCACUACGAUUAUAUGAGCCUAGAAUCCAAAAAAUGUAUAUACCUGUUUAAUAUUUGUAUAAAAAUAAAACAAUACUAUAUUGUGAUUUAAUGCAUCAUACAUAUUUUAUUAUUUAACAGAUACGAUGGUCGUACAUUUAAAAUGCAAUCAAAAGAGAAAGCUGAAAGGUCAAAACUUCAGCAUCGCAUUAAACGUGAAAUGAAAUCUGCUGUUCGUGAAAUUAGAAAAGAUAAUAGUUUCUUAUCUAAACUUAAGUAUCAUGAACAAACUAAAAGGUUAAUGUCUAUUUAUAUUUUUAUGUAUUAUUAUUUUUAAUGUAUCUAAUUUUAAUAAUUAUCAAUAUUAUUAUUUUUUAGUGAUAUGGAGAGGCGUCAAAAAGUCAAACAGAUUUACAGUUGGGGUGCAAAUCAAGCUCAGGAAAUUAAUAAAAUGGACAAAAAAAAUAAAAAAUAAAUUUCUUUAGUUAAAUAUUUUUAAUUAGGUAUAUGCUUAUAUAUUUAAUUUAAAUUUUAUAGUACAGUUUUUUUAUAAGUAAUUUUAUUGUUUUACACAAUCAUUAAAUUGUAUUUAAUGUUUUAAAAAUACAAUAUUAUUGAUGUAGAGUAUUAUUUUCUAUAUUUUAUCAUAACAAAUGUAUUACUAUAAUUAAAAUCAAAUUUUAAGUAUUAGAUUCUGAAUAGAGAGAUAAGUGUAUUGGUUUUACUAUACUAUAAUCUUAUUUAUUUCUCAUGUUGGUGGGAAGUAGGAGAGGUUUUUUUUAAAAUCGUAAAUUUUGUAAUAGAUACUAUUAUUAAUUAAAACAAUUAGCAAACUGUUUUUUCCCAAUUACUAAGAAAAUUACACAUAAAAUAAAACAAAUGAAUUACGAACUAUACUCUAUUUGGAAUAAGAACAGUAGUCGGUGGCUACAAGCUUUUGUUGCCAAAGGUCAAAGUCACUCCCAUUCUUAUAAUAUUCACUCCCUUGGACAGCAGUGCCAGCGCUCCGUGCGUGUAGAGAUGGCUACGCCUAUUCGCACAACUUGGCCACUGAUUACUGUUCUUAUUCCGAAUAUAGUAUAGACAACAUUUUCUGUCAGAAAAGAUGCUUGAUACUCUUGAAAUUUAGAGGAUGAUUAUUUAUAUAGAUUACUUAUGAAAAUAAAAUUGAUUUUUUUUUUCUGGUUUAUCCUAAUUAGGAAAACGAUUUGAAAAAUCAAAAAAAUGACUUCUUCAAUGCUCCUACUAGAUCCAAAAUGAUACAAAAAAGCGUUAGUCUUUUUUUGAUUGGAGCAAGAUUUCUGGUAGAAGUUGUACACAGAUAGAAAAAUACAAAUCACAUAUAGCAAAACUAAAACAUAGAUAUAUUGAAUAGAACAAAAGUUAUUGUAUUUGUUAGAACACUCUAAAACAAGUAGCUUUUUUAUUCUACUUUGAAAAAUACACGAGUACUUUUUAAAAUAAUAUCACCAUACGGCAC